GGACAAAUCCAGCAACUGCUUCUAGUCGAUGAUCCCAGAGCAGCAGAAACCUACUGCCAAGACUACAUCCCAGACUGUGAUUCAGCUUUACCCUAUGAAAGCAUUUCAAUAGAGACUGAAGAGGAAGAAGGAACACCUAAGAAACGCAUAGUGGAAGAGUUUGACUACAGCGUUUUCUAUGAUGACAUCUCAGUGUCCACUGUGACUGCAGGUCCUAAUGUAACUGAGUAUGAGUUUAUAGAGUACGAGGACUAUGACAACACAACAAACUACUACCAUGUAAAUGAGUAUGAGGAGUAUGAUGAAGAAUACGACGAUCGCUACGGACCUGCGGAGAGAGAACGGGAGUACUUGCUUAACACUCAGAACUUACCAGAGAAAGGACAGAAGGGAGAGCCGGGUUAUUUGGGUCUGGGAACUCAGAUUACAGGACCAUAUGGACCUCCAGGACCAGAGGGAGAACCAGGCCCUCCAGGAAUCACAGGACCGGUGGGCCCUCGAGGAGACCCUGGAGAGCUGGGCCCUCCUGGGCGGCCGGGCCUUAAUGGUGCUGAUGGGAUCCCAGGUCCUCCAGGAAACAUAAUGCUGAUACCGUUCCAGUCUGGUGGGGACCCAAAGACAGGUGCUAUUGUUUCUGCACAGGAGGCUCAGGCUCAGGCCAUCCUGCAACAGACAAAGCUGGCAAUGAAGGGCCCUCCAGGGCCACUGGGUCUCAGAGGAAGACCUGGACCACUGGGUGCAUCAGGUCCCCCGGGGCUGAAAGGCAGCAGUGGUGAAAUGGGAGCGAUGGGUCCUCCAGGACUGCCGGGUAUUCCAGGUCAGAAUGGAAGACCGGGAAAACGGGGUCGGGGAGGUUCAGAUGGGGCUCGUGGUGCGAUAGGAGAAACAGGAGCAAAGGGAGAUCGGGGCUUUGAUGGCUUACCUGGUCUCCCAGGAAAUAAAGGACACAAGGGAGAUAGGGGGAAGCCAGGACCUGUAGGCCCCCCAGGAGAGCUGGGAGAAAAGGGCUCCCAGGGGCCACCGGGGCCAAGAGGACAACCAGGUGAUCCUGGUUCCAGAGGUCUGAAUGGCCCCAGAGGUCGCCCUGGAAACCAAGGAUUGCCGGGCAUUCGUGGAAUUGACGGGAUGCAAGGUUCAAAGGGCAACAUAGGACCACCAGGUGAAAUUGGAGCACCUGGACAGCAAGGCAACCCUGGAAUCAUUGGUUUUCCUGGCCCUCAGGGGUUAGUAGGACUGCCAGGAGAAAAGGGACCCCAAGGGAAGAAAGGGAUGCAGGGCUUACCUGGAAACGACGGGCCUCCAGGUCAUCCUGGCAGAGAAGGCUCCCCGGGUGAAAAGGGAUUGCCAGGUCCUCCAGGAGUGCAAGGACCUGUUGGAUACCCUGGACAACGUGGAGUAAAGGGAGCAGAUGGAGUCAGGGGAUUAAAGGGAAGCAAAGGAGAGAAGGGAGAAGAUGGUUUUCCAGGAGCAAAGGGGGAGAUGGGGGCAAAGGGGGACAUUGGAGACAAUGGACCAACAGGGUCUCGGGGUGAAGAUGGACCUGAAGGUCCUAAAGGUCAGGUGGGUCCUCAGGGAGAAGCUGGUCCGGCUGGUAUUCCAGGAGAGAAGGGGAAACUAGGGGUUCCUGGUUUACCUGGAUAUCCAGGACGACAAGGACCCAAGGGCUCUGAGGGGUUUCCUGGUGCUCAAGGAGCUCUUGGAGAGAAAGGGAAGAAAGGUCCCGCAGGUCAAGCAGGAGGUGCAGGUCAGAGAGGUCCAAAUGGUGCCCGAGGAGCCAGAGGGGUGAAAGGUCCAACAGGGAAACCUGGAGAAAAGGGUGCCUCAGGACAUGACGGCCCACCGGGAUCUCCUGGAGAGAUGGGACCUCAAGGGCCACAAGGAAUGAACGGAGAGCCAGGACCCAAAGGGUCGACCGGUCCAGCUGGGAAGGAUGGACUUCCAGGUCAUCCAGGUCAAAGAGGAGAGCCAGGCUUUCAAGGAAAAACAGGACCUCCAGGACCUUCUGGUGUGGUUGGACCUCAAGGUAAAUCAGGGGAGCCUGGCCCAACAGGAGACCGAGGUCACCCGGGAGCACCAGGUGUGCCUGGAGAGCACGGUUUACCUGGAGCUGCUGGGAAAGAGGGUGGAAAGGGGGAUCCCGGUUUACCUGGGACAUCCGGAAAAAGUGGUCCAACAGGACUGAAAGGGUUCAGAGGGAGCAGAGGAGUCCCUGGAGUUAUGGGACCGCCUGGUCUGAAAGGAGCAACAGGACCUGGUGGAUCCGCCGGAUCUGUGGGGCCAUCAGGAGAAAGGGGCCCUCCAGGACCAGCUGGUGCAAUUGGACAGCCCGGCCGUGCCGGAGCCAUUGGAGGACCAGGACCAAUGGGAGAGAAGGGGGAGCCUGGAGAGAAGGGCCCAAUUGGACCAGCAGGUCAGGAUGGGGAUCAGGGUCCAGUAGGAAUGCCAGGAGCUACAGGGCCGGCAGGACCUUCAGGCGAUGAUGGGGAUAAGGGCGAGCAGGGAGGACCUGGACAGAAAGGCAGCAAAGGAGACAAAGGGGAAUCAGGCCCCCAAGGUUCUACUGGCAUUCAGGGGCCUGUUGGUCAGCCAGGACUUCCAGGUGUGGAUGGACUGCCGGGUCCCCGAGGCCAGCAGGGCAUGUACGGUCCCAAAGGAGAUGAGGGAUCACGUGGGUUUAAGGGUACCAGAGGUCCGAGGGGAUUACAGGGCAUGCCUGGCUUACCUGGAGAAAAGGGAGAGAGUGGACAUGUUGGUCUGAUGGGUCCACCUGGACUACAAGGCCCUAAUGGUGCACAAGGACCUAUUGGGGGUUUGGGACAAACUGGUAGACCUGGGAUGAUCGGACAGCCUGGUGUUGUUGGGGAAAAGGGCGAGGACGGUGAAUCAGGUGACCCUGGACCAGUUGGUAUUCCAGGAAGGCUUGGUGACAAAGGAGAUCAAGGGGAAAAAGGAGAUACAGGCCUUCCAGGAGCAGCUGGUCCUCCAGGGGCCAGGGGCAUUCCAGGAGAGGAUGGAGCAAAGGGCAAUGCUGGUCCUAUUGGUCUGACUGGUGACCUUGGACAACAGGGAGAAGCUGGACCAAAUGGUGUUGAUGGCCUCCCUGGAUCUAAAGGAGACAAUGGAGAACCUGGGAAAUCUGGUCCUCCAGGUCCAACAGGGGAACCUGGACCACCUGGUCCUCCUGGACGGAGGGGACACUUGGGGAAACCUGGGAAGGAAGGCAAAGCAGGCUUGAAGGGAUCAAAGGGCACCCGUGGACUGGAAGGUCCCAUUGGGAAGACUGGACCCAGAGGUUCUCAGGGGCAUCCAGGAAAUCCUGGGCCACAGGGCCUGAGAGGAAUCCCUGGCCCUGCAGGUGAACAGGGCUUAAAUGGGCCACCGGGUCAAGCAGGACCACCUGGUCCCAUGGGUCCACCAGGUCUACCGGGACUGAAGGGAGACCCCGGCAGGAAAGGAGAAAAGGGACAUGGUGGACUUAUUGGACUGAUAGGACCUCCAGGAGACAUUGGAGAGAAGGGUGACAGAGGAUUACCAGGAAACCAAGGCCUUCAAGGUCCAAAAGGAGAUGAGGGUCCAGUUGGCCCUCCAGGCCCGCCUGGACCUCCUGGUCCCACAGGGUUAUCUGGUGCUAUUGGUCAGAAGGGCUCUAAAGGAAACCUGGGUCCGAUUGGUCCUAGAGGAGAUACCGGCCCUGCAGGGCCUCCAGGACCACCGGGACGAGCUGCUGCCGGUUUUUCACCUCAACCAGAGAGAGGACGAAGAAGAAGAACUCAGACUGUGGUAGAUGGUGCUACGCUUGAGGAAGAGGAGGACACCAUAGAUGGAGAAGAGGAGGAAGGCUGGGUGCAGGGUGACCAAGCCGUGCAGGAUGGGUUGGAGAAGAAUAAAGAAGGUCAAGGCAUGGAAGAAGUGUUUGCUUCGCUUUCCUCCAUGAAAGUUGAGGUUGAAGGACUGCGUAACCCACAGGGGACAUUCCACAGCCCUGCUCGUACCUGUAAAGAGCUCUGGCUCCUCCAUCCAGAGCUCCCCAGUGGGGAGUACUGGAUAGACCCCAACCAGGGCUGCCACAGAGACGCCUUCAAAGCUUUCUGUAACUUUACUGCUCAGGGUGAAACCUGUUUGUAUCCUGACAAAAAGUUUCAGUCGGUGAAACUAGCAGGCUGGAAAGGGGAAAAACCCGGAACCUGGUACAGUAAAUUCAGGAAAGGAAAACAGUUUUCAUACUCUGGAUCAGAUGGCGUCUCGAUCCACAUUGUUCAGUUGACCUUCCUGAAGCUUCUCAGUGCAACAGCCAGGCAGACGUUCACCUACCACUGCCUGAACUCUGCUGCUUGGCUUCACACCAACACCUACAGCUAUGAACAUGCACUGCGCUUCAGAGGCAGCAACGGUGAAGAGCUGACUCAUGAAAAUACACAUUACAUCAGUGCAGUGUAUGAUGGCUGCCAGACACGCUCAGGACAGGAGAGGACCGUUUUGGAAUUUGAUUCUCCGAUUUCUCAAACUCUCCCCAUUAUCGACGUAGCCGUGUCGGAUUUUGGAAAGGGGAACCAGAAAUUUGGUUUCCAAGUUGGCCCAGUUUGCUUCAAUGGUUAAUGAUUGUGGAAAUACCAAGAACAGGAUUAAUUAUUUAAAAAAGAGCCAUUGACAUUUUUUACAUGCAGGGAGAACACAACUUUAAAGGCCAUUAAAUCAGUACAAUAAAGAGUGUUUUCUGGUUCAUUCAUGCAUUCACUUCGUCUGUGCUUUACACAGCUACUGUUAAAGGAUGCUGCAGUGAUUCAGCCAACUGUGGACUCGCACUCAUUGUUAUAAAUAGAAGGACACACCUUUUUUAACAUCCUUACUGUCAAUUUUCUUUUGUUUUUGAAGGAGCGUGUUCUGCUCUGUCUUCUCUGGCUCCGUUUUGAUAAGGACUUUUUAAAAGAAAAAAUGUUUUUGCAGCACCAAUCUAUCUCCUAUUAAUUGUAAGUGAAUAAAGGUGCAAGACUAAAAAGACAGGUGCUAAUGGUGAUGUUUAAUCCACUAAAGAAAACUGAAACUGUCCGCUUUUACAAAUCAGUUUUGAGUUAUUUCUUGUAUACAAUGACUCAAGACACGAGAAAUUGUCUGGUUACUAAAAUUGAGCAAUUUCAGCUUAAAUGGUGAUCAGCCAGUUGGAAACAAAAUAUUUGUUCUUUUAUCUUACCACUUAAUGCACUGUACCAGAAAGAAGAAAUAAUAACACUUUUCUGUGUGGACACUGAUACCAAGGGAAGAACGGCCAUUGUUGGCUAUUUUACCUAUGAGUGAGAUGUUUAGAGCUAAGCCAAAGGAAGAACAGAAAUGUUAGGAGCUAUUUAGAAAUAAACUAGCGAGUCUGCUGUUGAUUUAGUCUAUUUCAUUAGAGCGAAAGAGUAAUAGACUUUCAGUAGAUAACUAAAGAGGUUAACAUUUUACAGCAAACCUCCAUUUUAUCAUUUUGUUCUUACAACCUGGGCCUGAUAGUACAAAUACAGCAGAAAAGGUUUACAUUUAUAGCUGCUAUUAAUUACAUGGAUACCGAUGUUCCCACAUUAAAUAU